AUGGAUGAGGCACACCCUGAAAGACACGGGCAGGAGCUGCAGCGGAGACUCGUGAAAGUUCGGGGAACUUUUUACACUGAUCCAGUAGCUCGAGGAAACAACUGCUCGGGAAGCCCUCGGCCUUCUCCUCCGCAGCAUCCUGGCCGGCAACCGCAGGGUCGCGCUUUCGGACCAGGCAGCCGGACUUUUCCCUCAGCUCCUCGUCGCAGACGGGACAGCGAGCGGCUGCCGCCCCCCGCCCGGCCGCCAACGCCGCCGCCGCUGCAAAGAAAGGGCUACUCCGCUCCCGGAGCCGGGCGGCUGCAAACUUCCCCUGCUUUGCACAUACCUCUUUCUGCCAACUUGAACAUCCUUCCUCGCAAGGGGGCCAGGGAAAACCAUUAUAGCGUCCCAGGGAACGGUGGUGAAGGACACCCUCGCAAGGAAAGACCCGCGCCUCCGGCAGGGACGCGCCGUUCGCGCAGGUGGGCAGCACCGCUGCCGGAGGGUCCGCCCCCCGCCCCCCUCGGCCGGCGCUGCCCAGGCUGCGGGGAAGACGGCUGCAGCGGCCACGGGCAGCGCCAAGAGGACCCGGGCAGCCCGCGGGAGCCGUGCGGGAAGGCGACACGUACCUUGCUGCGGUCGCCGGGCGCGGAGCCCGAGCCGGGAGCGUGGCUGGGGGCGGCGGCGCGGGGACGCAGGGCGCCGCUAGGCGCUCGGCCCGCAGAACUUGGGCAGAGCCUCCGCCGCGGUCUCCGCCAGCGGCGCGAGCAACACGUCCGGUUUGAACUUUCCAGCUCCGGGCCCGGCGAAUACGCGCUCACGCACGGACACGCGCGCGCCGGCAGAGCCUCUCAGGGGCAAGGCAAGCGGCCCCGGGGCCUCCGCGGCUGCGGCCUCCGCGCUGCCCGGCUCUCAUUGGCGCGGAGGUUCCGGCGCUAUUUAUUUAUUUCCUCCUCCUCGCUCCGUCCACGCCCCGCCCGCGCGCGCGCGCGCGCGCGCCCCCCUCCUCCACCCCUCGGUCCGCGCGGCCGGCCGCCGGGGCUCCGGCUGCAGCGCGGCGGGGAUGCGCGCGGCCCGGGGAUGCGCGCCGGGCGGGCCGUGGGGGAGGGAGAGGGCGCCCGGCUGCGCGUAGGCGGCGAGGGGCGAGAGGCCGAGGCGACGCGGGGCGGACGCGCGGCGGACGCGCGGCGAAAGCUGCACGGCGGCUCCCCGGGCUGA